AUGCGUUUCCUAAGUACAAUUAUUACCUAUUUAUCCAUUCUAGCAAUAUCAACCGUUGCUCCCGCUUUUGUGUCCUCGGUCGGCAGCUCGAAUUCCGGUGUCAUUGGCAAGAGACCCCGUCGUGUUCGAUCUUCUGCAUCUAGUCCUCGCUAUUGGCAAAACAGUAGCGACACCCAAAUUUUCUGUCAUAAUGAAUCCCAAGCACCUAUCUUUACCGAGGGUGAUAAAGACCUCGGUGGACCCGGCGUCGUGAUAUACAAUUUCGAUCCCUAUGACCACGGUGGCGUAAAUGGGGCCAUGUACUUCGUCUACGAGAGUAACCACGACUUCAUCCCCUAUAAAUACCUGAUCAUCCCGCCCUGGUCGAGCGUGUUCUUGUCCGUAUGCCCAACUUUUCGUGGGCGAAUCGUGCGCGGCAGCCCCUCGAACCUCGACGGACGGAAGCAUUUGCUGGGCACAUGGGCGGAAGUAAAUUGGCACGCGAAUGAGACUUGGUCGGCAUGGGGCGACAUCUCAAUAUUGCAGGGCAACGACGGUGCCGCAACCAUCCAGUCCCUCGACGGACUCUUCAAGUUCAGGGGAUUCAUGCUCGAUAUCCUAUCUUACGCGCCGGCGAAUGCGUGGGCGCAGAAGGCGACGGGCUCGUGGUGCCUCGACAAGAUCAUCGGAGAGGAUGCGAAUAAUGCGACGAUGGAGUGGGAAAAGCAGUUUAUAGAUCCGUGGAACGUAUACUUACGUGAUGACAUCGAUCCUGUCAUCAAUUCGAAUAAUGGCAGAUUCCAAGUUACGUUCUACGAGGGUAUCUUCUAG